AUCAAGUACCUAGGCAUGCAGACUGUUGUACAAACAUUUGUGAAAGAAUGGUUUGCUCUCAGGAGCUCAGUGAAUUCAAGCAUGGUACCGUGAUAGGUUGCCAUCUAUACAAUAAGUCCAUCCCUGAAAUUUCUUUGCUAUUAAAUUAUCCACGCUCAGCUGUUAGUGGUAUUAUAACAAAGUGGAAGCAACUGGGAACAAUAGCAACUCCACCACAAAGUGGUAGGCUACAUAAAAUGACAGAGCGGGGGUCCGCUAAUAGUGUGCAGAAGUCGUCAACUGUCUGCAGAGUCAAUAGCUAAAGACCUCCAAACUUUGUGUAGCUUUCAGAUUAGCACGACAACCAUGCAUAGAGAGCUUCAUGGAAUGGGCUUCCAUGACCGAGCAGCUGCAUCCAAGUCUUACAUCACCAAGUGCAAUGCAAAGCAUCGGAUGCAAUGGUGGAAAGCACACCGCCACUGGACUCUAGAGCAGUACUUGCCUGACUGCAUUGUGCCAAGUGUAAAGUUU